AUGGUGUCGAAAGACGAGAAGCCGAAGCAAUCUGGAUUGUUCAGUGUGGAAAGUCUUCUGGAGACACCACCACACAAGUCAGACAAAGAGGAAGUUUUCAAGCCAUCGCCACUUACGCCAAAGACUCCGUUAAUGAUCCCAGGACUUCAUCACAUGGCACCGUAUUUUGGAGCGCAACUUGAUCCAGUCAUGAUCUACUUUGCACAAACUGGAAACCGUCUGCCUAUUGUAAGCUCUGACAGUUCCCCUGAAUCAAGUGCCUCUUCUCCUCUAUCCAUACAACACUCUCUCCCAUGGCUGUCCUCACAACGAGAAGAUUCACCAACCAGCGACGACACCAAAAUCCAGAUUGGACUCACAAAGUGCAUGCUGAGAAAGCACAAGAACAAUCGAAAACCGCGUACACCCUUCUCAACUCAACAACUCAUUUCUUUGGAGAGGAAAUUUCAAGCAAAGCAAUAUUUGUCAAUUGCAGAGAGGGCCGAGUUCAGUGCCUCAUUGCAAUUGACUGAGACACAAGUCAAGAUAUGGUUCCAGAAUCGGAGGGCAAAAUCGAAAAGACUACAGGAAGCGGAAGUGGAGAAAGUGAAAUUUGCACAGGCGAGUGCUUAUGCUGUAGCGGCGGCUCAGGAUCCAACAAGUCUACUGGCUUUCUAUCAACCACAAUGGUGA